UUGCAGCUGUUGGCGGGCCAGGGCGAGUAUGCUGAUAUAACUUCACCGCCAGACCCAGCACCAGCACUGCUACCCUGCAGCCCAGACACACAUAUAGGCUCACACGCUCCAUCGGUGGAGAGCAUCCACAAACCAAAGACUGAUCUAACGUUCACACAGACAGACCAUGGGGCCCUAUCUGUCGUAGAGCCUACAGUUCCCAGAAUGCAAAUGGCAGAGGGAGAUCCAGAUGGACCAAUCGUAGUUAAUGCAAACCUUGCCUUUUACAGUGAUCUUGGAACUGGCAAGUCACUCACACAACUAACCUCACUACAACCUCAGUCAGAAUUGAACCCUUCUCAUUCCAUCAAAGAAUUAGCAGAAACACAGACUGACAUUUUAUUAGAGACUCUAACGAAUAUUGGGCCGGCAAUUUCAAAAUUGACUUUGUCUAAACCUUUUGAUGAUAUAAACCAUAACAAAGAAGAAAACACACAUGCGCAGACCAAAGUUGUGGUCCCUUCAGGGUCGUCAACAGAAUUCACAUCACCAGUUGUUGCAACUGGUGCAACUGCUCCAGUUUCGGAGCAGCAGCCAGUCACUGACCACCAGACUACGAGUGAGGCAGCAACAAACGUUAACCCUUUAACUCUUGAAUCAACACAACCAGAGCAGCCUCCUCUCAACACUGGCCCGUUCAGUUGCGAACGACACGUCACAGAACCUGACCACAGUAAUACACACUCACAGACCCCUGACUCACUGCUGCCAGAGCCUCAGCUGGCAGGGAGGGGCCAGGCUAACGAUAGAACAGAGCUUCAACUCCCUGAGACAAGCCUCGGCCUGACCGAAGACACUCCCUUACCAGAGCCACAGCUUGCUGGAACCAGGGUGAUCGUGUCGUCGCGCUCAUAUGCCGACUUCACUCCCGAAGCCACCUUUGACAUAAAGAAAUGCGACGUGCACCGUCUGGAGGAGGGCCCGCCCGUGCAGGCGGUGCUGACCCGCGAGGAGGGCCUCAAGUACUAUCGCACCAUGCAGACCAUGAGGCGGAUGGAGCUCAAGGCCGAUCAGCUCUACAAGCAAAAAAUCAUCAGAGGCUUCUGUCACCUGUAUGACGGCCAGGAAGCCUGUGCAGUAGGCAUUGAGGGGGGAAUCAACCUGUCGGACCACCUGAUCACAGCAUAUCGUGCUCAUGGCUACACCCUCACAAGGGGUGGUACAGUCCGAGAGAUCAUGGCUGAGCUUACUGGGCGUCGAGGAGGCAUUGCUAAGGGCAAGGGAGGCUCUAUGCAUAUGUACACGAAAAACUUCUAUGGGGGCAAUGGUAUCGUGGGAGCCCAGGUACCCUUGGGAGCGGGGGUAGCCCUCGCCUGCAAGUACCAGGGCAACAAUCAGCUGUGUGUUAGCCUCUAUGGAGAUGGUGCCGCCAACCAGGGUCAGAUUUUCGAGACCUACAACAUGGCAUCUCUCUGGAAGUUGCCUAUCAUCUUCAUCUGUGAGAACAACAAAUAUGGGAUGGGUACCUCCGUGGAGAGAUCAUCGGCCAGCACGGACUACUACAAGAGGGGAGACUUCAUCCCUGGACUCAGGGUGGAUGGGAUGGACCUCUUGUGUGUCAGAGAGGCCACCAAGUUUGCUGCUGACCACUGCCGAUCUGGAAAGGGCCCUAUCCUCAUGGAGCUUCAGACCUACCGUUACCAUGGACACAGCAUGAGUGACCCCGGGGUCAGCUACCGCACACGUGAAGAGAUCCAGGAAGUCCGCAGUAAGAGUGACCCCAUCUCCAUGCUGAAAGACCGCAUGCUCAGCAACAACAUGGCCAGUGUGGAGGAGCUAAAGGAGAUCGACGUGGCGGUGAGGAAAGAGAUUGAAGAUGCUGCCCAGUUUGCCACCACGGACCCCGAACCUCCACUGGACGAUCUUUGUAACCAUAUCUUCUACAACGACCCGCCCAUGGAGGUGCGCGGCACCAACCCAUGGAUCAAGCUGAAGUCUGUCAGCUAAAGGAUGACUGCCCACCGACCCCUCCCCCCCCCUCUCAUGUAUACCUUCUCCCUGUCCCUCUGUCUUACAACCAUGUUCCACCAUCAACGCACACUUUUAACCUUGUUAAAGUUCCCCAAUCCCUCUAAGCAUCUAUAGACUUUUAUUUUUCCUCUUCUAGGUUUAAACCAAGCUAUGUUAACGAAACAUACCCAAAUCCUUUCCACAAUCCACAUAAAAUAAAUAUAGAGUGCCGGUAAAAGUCAUUUUCUUUUCAAUCAGUUCGCAAUAAAUUGAAUAUAAAGAUUGAAGGCUAUAGUAUAUUAAAUACAUUUAUAUAUCAUGCCAAAACUAACCUGUGCCUGCAGGAUGGUGUUUGUGUUCAAAAGUGGUAUAAGCCUUAUGUUUGUAGGUCAUUUAUACCAAGACAUACACCUCAGAUCCAUCUGGUUUAAAAAGUGAUUAAAGUUUAUAGACAUGUAAUAUCUGGGUAGGUUAGGUUUUCUCAAUUGUUAUCUGUCAUUCAUAUUUAUUUCUGAAAAUGUUUUGUAACAAACAGUACUGAUACUGUCCCUCAAUAAGAAUAGGAAAUGCCCUCUGUUUGGGAAUCUUGGUGAUAAACUGUUACAGUUUUUAUAGCUAGCAGGUGGGGGGUACACUAUGCAGGGACUUGUUUGCCAACCCUGCUUUAUUUCGAUGCAUUAAGACGGAAAGGGGAAUGUAUGUCUGUGAUUGUCUUUGUACAGUCUGUCAAAAUAAAGACCUCAUUUAAUGAGUAA